UUCUCGCUACAGCCACAUCGAAAUACUGUUGUAGAAAGCUUUGUGUUGUAUUGUGGCUGAGCCACCACAAUUCUGAUUCCUUUCUCUUCUCGGCAGUUUGCUUCCUCCGUAGCAGAUCGUAAGGAACUUUUGCCUUGUAAGUGUAACUAUUGGUACCAUGGUGUAAACCUAAAGCAUUGGAAGAACUGAAACAUUGCCUUAUGAAGACUGUGGGAGUAGGCUCUAGUAAAGUGACAUUGUCUCUAAGAUAAAAUUCUCAACUCAGAAAUUUUUGCCAACUGUUAUAGGCAACACAGAUUUUUUGUAUCAAGGGUCUCAAUGUUGUUAAAUGGUGGCAACACGGAUUUUUUGCCAACUGUUAUAGGCAAUUUAUGAAGGGAGGCCUGCUAUGGCGGUACCACAGGCCGCAAUGGCAUGUCUAUAUGAUAGAAGUUUGGGCUUCUGCCGUUGAUAACACUGUUUGGGGCUGGCUGUUCCUCGUGGCUGUUUGGAAUUAAUAACUAUGGGUGCAAGUAUAAGAAAAAUGUUGGUUUUUUUCUCUUUCUUUUCAGGAUGGUCAUAUUCUCAAUAAGUAAUGCCAGAUAUACUUAUGUGCAUGAUCAGAAAUAUCCCUCUAAAGAUGUUGACAUACACCAUAUAGUUUCAAGGAGGAGUAAUGCUAAAUAUCUCGUGUAUGCCACAGCACUUCUUGUAUUAGCAUGUGCCUUGUAUCUGUAUGUUCUUAAGGGAAAAUCAAUUAGUUUUGUGUAUUACAGCUUGCUUUUUGACAUAUUUCUUGUCAAGUUGUUACUUGGGAAGCCUGUUAAGAAAGAGUCUGUUGUGAUUAUGCCAGCUUUUGGAGUACAGCUUGAGACUCAUUAUGUGAGUGGAAAAGUCAUCCGAUACUUUGUUCCCAUUGACAAUAUUCUGAAACCUGUUCUAAUAGAAUGUGUGACUCCAGUGACUUGCUAUUGGACUCUAUCGUUGAUUAUUCGUGGUGAAUCAGAAAUGGUGUUAGUUUUCAAGAACUUACGCCCACCAGUGAAAAUGUUGGUCCAUGUCUGGAAGGCCCUGUGUGCUGCAACUGAUAGUAAAGAAGAGACCUGUACUCAUGCAGAAUGAAUAAUUGACAGUUAUGGCUUAUGUACUGUUUCUGUACUGGUGUGUACUCCCCAUCAUUUUACGCUGUUCUGUCACAUUGAACACCAAUCCUAUGUAAGAGUAGGAUUGGAUUUCAACAUACAUUGGAAAGUGAAUUUUUUGAUAAACCACACUCUUCUCCAGUUGAUAGUUUGGGACGUGCGUUCACUAUCAGCACUCCAAGGCAUUGAAUUUAGAGGCCAAUUGGCUCUACCUUUUGAAACUGCAUACUAAGUAGCUUAUUUAUAACUAGGUAGAAAUUUUGUAUCAUGACCUAGGACUGAUAGAACUAGUAUGUUUCCGUGAGUCUUUUGUAACUAAAAUAGAGCACAGGUUCAUAAUUUUUUGCUCCCUCAAUGCUGCUGAUAGAACUAGUAUGUAUCAUGACAUAGGACCUAAAAAAGGUAUUUCUGAUCAAUUAAACUCUAUAAUUUAAUCAAAAUAUCAAUUAUAAACUUGUUUUUGUGCCAA